AUGGCCAACUCAGCGAUCUAUCCCCAUGAACUAACAGGACGAACUAUCCGCCUGCUCACUGUCGAACCGGACGAACCAUCGGCCCCACUACGAUGCACAUUAUCAGAAACAUGUCUGGACACGACUCUGACUACUUACCAUGCGCUAUCAUACUGUUGGGGCGCAAACCACUCCCCCAUUCAGAUAACGUGCAACUUGCAUCCUCUCUCAGUAACGCCCAACUUGCAUUCCAUGUUACUCGAAUACCGUCGCAGAGAAACUCAAAUGCCUCUCUGGGUUGACGCUGUAUGUAUCAACCAGUCCAACGUCUCCGAGCGCACGUCUCAGGUUCGCAUGAUGGAUAAAAUCUACACCGAAGCGGAAUGUGUGGUCGUAUGGUUGGGCGAAGCAGAAGCGACCGACGGGCUCGCGCUGAGGUGUUUGCAAAAUAUCAAUGCGCGUUGGGCAGACUCAAAAGGCGAUCCAAUCCUGCCAACUGGUCAAGUCGCGUUAGACUAUGAUGCAUGGCUAUCACCCAAGUUGCCACAGGAACAAUUCGAUGCAUUGGCUGCAUUUCUCCUACGACCUUGGUUCAGCCGUGUGUGGAUUAUUCAAGAGCUUGUGCUAGCAAGCCGGGUGACAAUCUGGUGCGGGCCGACUACGAUGGAUGAAGAUUUC